CGAGGCAUUGGGUGAGGAAAAGAAAGUUUACACAAGGCCAGACAAGGGGGUUUGCUCAUUGGGCCAGCAGUUCGAAAGACGGUUCGCUGUAAAUUACGAUAGUUGAUAGCGUAGCCGUGGAUCUGAAUGCUGCCUCCUGGCAAGGCGGAGACGCACGGAUGUUUUACAGUGACAGGCGAACUCUGGGACCGAAGCAGACGACACUUGGAAUACUGGUACAGCCGUCUGCUGAAAGGAACAGACGACAACCGGAAUAGUUGUAUCGCAGUCAGCUGAAUUAUACAGACGAUAUAUGGAAGCGUAAUACUACCGUCUGCGGAAGAAAUACUGACCUUAACGGACGAAAACUGGAAUAGUUGUAUCACCGUCUUCUGAACGAAACAGACGACAUUCAAAAUAGUUGUGUGUCGCAGUCUGCUGAUAGAACAGACGACAUUUGGAAUAGUUGUAUCACAGUUUUCUGAAUGAAACAGACGGCAUUCAAACUAGUUGUAUCGCUGUCUGCUGAUAGAACAGACGACAUUUGGAAUAGCUGUAUCACAAUUUGCUGAAUGAAACAGACGACAUUCAGAAGAGUUGUAUCGCUGUCAUCUGAUAGAACAGACGGCAUUUGGAAUAGCUGUAUCAGUUUGCUGAAUAAAACAGACGACAUUCAAAAUAGUUGUAUCGCUGUCAUCUGAACAAACCGGACGACAAUUGGAAUAGUUGUUCAUGUACAGCCGUCUGCUGAAAGAAACAGACGACACUGGGAAUAGUUGCAGGACAAAAACGGGCGACAAUUGGAAUAGAUGUGCUGCUGUCUGCUAAACGAAACAGACACUAGUUGGAGUAGUUGUACUGCUGUCUGCUAAACGAAACAGACGACAUUUGGAGUAGGUGUUUCGCCAUCUGCUGAACCCCCCCUCUCCCCACACACACACACAACUGGAAUAGUGUACCGCUGUCUGCUGAACGACAAUUGGAAAUAGUUGUACAUGCACCGCCGACUGCAUAACGAAACAAACGACAAUUGGAAUAGUUGUACCGUCGACUGAUACACACGAAACCUUUCACCAGUAUAAUAUCUCGUUGUGUCCCGUCUGUGAAAACUUUUCGAGCGCCCCCCAAAAAGAAGAGUAUGUUUCUGAUUUGUGAAUAUUUAAGUGGAGAGUGCGAGAUGGGGAUUGAUUCUAGAUGAAGUUUGAUCACAACAGUGUCCUUGCUACAUGACUACACGCCUCCGGAGAAGAAACACGCGGAGAAAUACUUGGAUAUACGUCAACAUGCUGGCGUUAAGUUGCUCACCGUUUCUUCGCCUGGCUUUGAUCGUCCUGUUGUGUGCCGACAGAUGCGCUGCUGUUAAGUGGCUGGCUUUGCAUCGGAUUAAACAGAAAACAUGGGAAAAUGCGAGAAAUUGCUCAAAAAUGUAUGGAUUGAUACCUCGACAAGUGAAAAUAUGCAAACAAAAUUUGGAUUUAAUGGCAACUGUUGCACGUGCAUCGCACGUUUCUGUGGAGACAUGUCAGAAUCAGUUUUCAGAUCGAAGGUGGAAUUGUUCCUCUAUUACGAAUGUUCCAAGUCUUCCUAAGGAUUUGGUAAGGGGGACGAGAGAGCAGUCAUAUGUCUACGCCAUAGCUUCGUCUGCUCUUGUGCACUCCAUUGCGCGUGCGUGCAGCAUCGGCGUGACGACAAAGUGCAGCUGUGGCGCUCUUCCGAGUUCCUCCCCCAGUACGGGUUUCAAGUGGGGCGGGUGUGGCGAUGACGUGCACUUCGGCCUCUUCUUCGCGGAGGUGUUCACGGAGGCUGUGCUGACGUCAAAAAAGGGGAAGCCCAAAACGUCUAAAAGAGCUUUGACGAACAAACAUAAUUUUCGAGCUGGUAGACAGAUUGUAACAGACAGCUUGACGACAGCGUGCAAGUGUCACGGCGUGUCUGGGUCGUGUUCUAUAAAAACAUGCUGGAAAGCGCUGCCAGAUUUCGACAUUAUUGGGGCCAAGCUGAAGGACCGGUACUCGUUAGCCGUAGAAGUCCACAGAAAGAGGCGCAAGAAAGAGAAAGUCUUGGUUCCCAUAAACGAAGCGAAGAGCGGAAUACGGUCCGAUGAGCUCGUGUAUUACACCAAGUCUCCGGACUACUGUAGUCCGGAUCACAAGACCGGUUCGAUAGGAACACAUGCCAGGUUGUGUGAUGAACAGAGCUACGGCCCAGGCGGUUGUGACACUAUGUGCUGUGGGCGAGGUUUCCACAGUUUCACAAUGGAUGUUGCCGAACGCUGCGAGUGUAAAUACUAUUGGUGCUGUUACGUCAAGUGCAAAACGUGCGUCAAGACUCUGCACCUCAGCCAGUGCAGAUAGACCUGGACUGCAAAAUAAUGGAGCAUCACAAAAAGGGAGGGAUUUAAAACUCAAAAUAUAUUAUGACGUAAUCAAAAGUAAUGCUACGGAGACUGUGAUUGGACAGAAGGAGAACUUUUUUUAAAUCGUUUAUGGAGACCUGGAGAUGUCAAUCACGGCCAAACCCAUUUCUGAUUGAGUAAAUGUUCGGUUAUGAAUAUAAUAUGCUCAUGGUGAUUUGGGUUAGGGACACGACAUGAUGGCAUGGUUGUGAAGUGCUCGGUGACUUGGUAGACUAUUCACAUACGUGAACACCCACUUGAUUAACAUGAACAACAUGCAAUGAACCGAACAACUGAGAUAUUCACUUUGAAGUGUAAGCGACCCAAUAGCCGAUAUAUUCUGUGUGCUCCGGUGCCGCUAAACAUUGAUUCUUUGAAGUGGUAGGCAGGAAUACCUGUUGAUUGGACAGAUCAACUGUGGCAAAAGGGUGCUGAUAUAUUUUCUUGUACAUAGCUAACUAUACUGCCAAACAGGUUACUAGCAAUGCGAUGCAGAGGGGUUAAGCUGGACCCAAGAAGAAAUUAGUAAUUUGACCCAAGAAGAUAUUACUAAUCUGACGAAUUGGGCCCAAAAAGAUAUUAGUAAUUUGACAAAUUUGACACAAGACCAUUUAGCAAUUUGUUGAGUUUGGCUGGAAAAUCUGUCACCAAAUUCAACUUUUAAUUAGUCAAACAGCCAAUAUGUGUGGUAGAUCUACAAACGGAACACAACUUUCGAAUUAUCUCUUUUUUGGCGAUUUGAUAAUGAAAUAUGUUCACUAAAUUCAACUUAAAUUUUCAUUUUGCGAUUUGGUAAAUAACAGCUUAAACACUGAAUUCAGUUUAUAAAAACGAUACUAUUUAUGAACUGAGUAUCAUGAACAGUGGAAACGUCCAGACGAAUUGGGCGAGAUGGAGAGAGUCAUCAAAAAUUGCACUGUAAUGAUUGCUAGAAGUGGAAUGUCUGUAUAUAUUUGAUAAUUACACGUGUCUCUAAGCAUUGGUGACGUGCGAACUAACGGCUAUAGGGCCUUCUGCUUAGCAAGUGAUUCUGAAUAUGUAUGUAACAGUACAUAAAGGAUUUUCAAUGAAAGCAGAUUCGUAAACUCUUUUUAGCAGACUAUAAUGCGAAGCAGUUUAGAAGACACCACCAUUUGUACUUUCCUCUUGGUAUAUUUUGUUUCCCGUGGACUGUAAACUCAUUUAAUAUCCACUAGCAGUGUAUUGUUAGCAUUCGAAAGCAAUAUCGGUGUAAGGACAUUAGAACAUGCUAUGAACUGUUACGUUGUGUAUUAUUUAAUAAUGUAUAUAAGCUAAAUAUUACAUAUUUUUAAAUAAAGUUUAUUAUUUUGGCUAUACAUUUGGAGUAUGUAUGAAUAUUGUGAACAAAUCUUCAAAAGCUAUCUUCCCCAGCUCAGCUCUGGAUAUUAUGCAACUCAUCCAUCACUGUUGAAAGGCGAAUUAAUAUAUAGCUUACCUCCUCCUCCUCCCCCCCCCCCCCCCCCACCCCCAAUGCUGUCGGUAUCUGUCUACGCCUAUGACCAUCACACAGUAAAUUACGAGGGACAGUCAAACGGUUCGUGGACAUAAAUGUCAUAGCUUGGUAGACCAUGAUAUGUUUGAGGUUUUCUUUCAGGAAACUGUCCUUUCAAUGACACAGCUGUUCGUUUUUGUAUGUUUACAAAAUAUUUCUUGAUGGUAACCUACACUACUUUAACCAGAUGGAAACGCGGAGCCGACGUCAAAAUUCUCACCAACGAAGGUGAAAAUGGUCCAACGAAGGUUUAUGGUUCAUAUAUAUGGUGAUGGAUCUCAAAAUUAUUCAACAAUUGUGAAAUGGUCUGCUGAAUUCAAGCAAGGACGAUAAAGCUUUGAAGAUGAUCCAAGGUCUGCAAGAUCAUCUGAUGUCAAGGCAAGGUUUUGGCAACUGUUUUCUGGGCAUGCCUCCUAUCACUACUAUUGCUGGUGUCUAUUGCGCAAAUUUGAUGACAAAUUGAGACAAGCAAUCAAGAUUAUGAAAUUUGAAGCUCGCAGAAGUGUUCUAUAUCGCUGGCAUCAGUAGCUUGAAGGACAGUUGUGCUAAAUAUAUUGAUGUCAAGGGUGAUUAUAUUGAAAAGUAAUGUAGAAAUGUUUGGUCUGUCGUCGCUUUUAAUACCCAGUUCCACGAACGUCUUGACUGCCUUCGUAGGACUAGUCUAUGACAUAUGUAUGUUUGUAUUCAAGGAUGGUAUAGCAUAGGACAAAUUUACGUUUGCCUUUCAUCAUAGAACAUCGUGGGACUGCUAUUUGGUGGACAUCAAUGACACACCAGUGUAGGACAGUUACAUGUUUGUAAGAAGUGACACCAUGGCAUAUAACUGGUACGUGUUUGUUAGUGAUACCGCAGCAUAGGGCAAAUGGGUGUUUCUUUUCCAUUACAGUACAAUAUAUAUGACUGAUAUAUGGUUGCCAUCAAUGAUCUAACAGUAUAGUACAGUUAAGUGUUUGUCAUCAAUAAUACAAAAAAGCAUAGGACUGAUAUAUGGUUGUCAUCAAUGACCCAAAAGUGUAAGACAGUUAUGUGUUUGCCAUCAAUAGUACAAAAUCACAAGACUAAUAUAUGGUUGCCAUCAAUGAUCUGACAGUAUAAGAUAGUUAUGUGUUUGUCAUCAAUAAUACAAAAUCAUAAGACUGAUAUAUGGUUGCCAUCAAUGAUCCGAUAGUAUUAGACAGUUAUUUGUUUGGCAUUAAUGAUGCAGUAGUAUAGGGCUGUUAUAUGGUUGCCAUCUACGAUACAUCAGCUAUAUGUCUGAUGCAGACCGUACCGGGUGCAUUGAUGGCAUUGAUUCAUAGUGUCCUGAGCUGUAGCCGUUCAACACAGAGAGAGCCAGGAAGUCUUAGAGUAGACAGUGUAGGACGAGAUGUAUCUAGUGAUGUAUAUAUAGUCCAAUAUUAUAUACUUGUGUACUAUUUAAGAACAAUAUUAUUUAUUUUAGUAUGUGAAUCACAUAUGGCAAUGUGUACUAAGUUUUGUUGUUUAUGAUCAUCAAGAGAAAGAAAAUUUAAAACUUGUUAAAGACAGGUUAUAGUGGCAGAAACCUCAGAUCUGUCUCUAAGAAAUAGAGUUUUUCUAAUGACUAAAAUUAUAUAUUAAACACAAAUUGUUUUUGUUUCGAAUAUCAUCGUUUGUAUAUUUAGUGUGUUUCUGAAAGUCCUGAUGGUGGUACUGUCUCAAAUUAGAUCUUACGUCGUACGUACGAAGAAAAUGUAUUACGAAAUAAUAUGAAGUUUGAGCUAUUACAAAUAUUAGGACCACCAGAAACUCAAUAGAGAUAUACCAUCAGCGAUAUUCGAAACCAAUCUAUAUUUUAAUAUGCAAUAAUCGUUUGUUCUGAACCAUGGUUAGCAACUCUAAAUCUGAGGAUUCUUCCAGGAUUUGUCUUUGUACAUACUCCAGUGAGCUGUAUCCUGUUCAAGUUAGAGUUUUCUAAGCUAGUCUUGGGAGUGGCAGUCCUCCUACAUGCAGUGCAGGAGGGAUGAAAUACUAGUAUCAUGUUACGAAUCCCCUAGGGGAAUGACGGACUUCCUAAGGACGAGUACCUGAAAGUGGAUCAUUGAAGCAUUCACUGCUUUGUCUAACUUCCUUUUGAUUCUGCAUUGUUUUUAUCAAUUAUUUUGCAUUUAUCAGAACAAACUUGAUAUAUAUAUAUAGACUAUAGUCGUCAAAAAGGUUUUGUUAGUCGGCAUCAUCUUAACAAUGGCAACAAACUGUUUUUUUGUGUGUGUGUUUUUUUUUUUUCGGUGUCGGUGCUGCACGUGCUACCACACCAAACAACCUAACGGUCAACUGAAAUUCAACUGUCAGUAAGAAUGAAUACCCGGAUGUAAGAACAAUGGUCCAGACUGAUAGACUAAUAAGCCACGUUAGCUGUGUUAUUUACUAUCCAUUAUGGACAGAAAUGUAGAGAGUAAACAAAAACACUUCUCUUUUUUUUAAAGUUCCCCGAUUUAAACUGACGUUUCAGUUUCCUUCCCCUUCCUCUUCCCACCGCCUUCGGGCUGUAGUGAUUCCUCCACUAUUUCAGCCAAUGAGCCAAUGGAAAAGAGUGCUCCUAUCUCUAUUUUGCAGGAAUCGAAAUAGCUCGAGUAUCCUCUAGCCUUAUUCUAGUAUAUAUUUUUACAUAUAAUAGAAUAUCGCUAGAGGAAACUCGAGCUAUAAUCUGAACAGAUUUGACUGUUAGGUUACGCAAUGUUGAAAGGAGGGCCAACUGCCAUAAUUAUGGCGUCAAAACAGGGUUAUUUUCUGCAUCUAGAACUGAAUUGUAUAUCGGAUUGGAUAACAUAUUAACGUGCCUAUAUCCAAUUAAGGUUCAAGCACUAAAAUUGUAUAUAAUGUGUUGUUUGUAUACUGUGGUUUAAUUAGAGUUUCUUCCCUUUUCGGACCCCUUAAGUAAAGAGUGUCAAUAUUUCAAAUUUCAGGUGGCGAUACUUGUUAAAUAUUUUCAGUCUAUAUAAUGACGUCACAGGGACUGUUCCGGUUUACUAUCUUCAUAGACUUAUCAUUGUAUGCUCGACUAUGUGAAAACAAUAGUGAUGUAAUACCUGUACGUCUGUAUUUUAAUAACGGAUUACAGUGAGAGCUGACUACAGGGACAUAACUCAAUUCCAGGACUGUAAAUACGACCAUCUUAGUUGCUGUUAUUUCCAUUCUUCUAUGGACGUUAUUAAUUAAAAUGAAAAACCAAAUGUUGCAUUAACUAGGUGGGGGUUGGGGGUUGUAAAUUAUACUGCCAAAGGAGCGCUUUUAACAGUAUGACCCUAACAAGAACUAAUUUAAACCAAUAAUCAAAGUUGCACUGGACAUUCUUUUUCGUUUUUUUUUUUUUUUUCGUUUUUUUUUUAAACUUUAAUUUUAAUUGACAGUAACACUGUGCCAAGUAUUGAUCUUUUUUUUAUUUGAACACACGCUCGUCUAUUUUUCUAUCAUCGUCAAGUAAUUUGAACAACCUUAUUUUGUUUUCUGCUUUUACUUUUAAUUUUGUUUCUUUGGUAUUUAUAAAUACGUGAUAUAAUCAUAUGUAAAAGAAACACUGGCCACGAUUGCCUCUAUUUAAUUUAUGAAUAAAAAUUACACAUGGUCUGGAAAACGUAACGCAUGACAUACACCCCUCCCCCACAAGGCAUGAUGACAGAAUUUAUACCACGCAUGCUUUUUGCAUGAUUAACUCAAGAAUACAUAAAAUAUAAUGUUCUGUCACUCGGCGUAAACAGUAGCGUUGAUAUAAAAAGUGGCUCUUGAAUUAUUCACUAAAAAAUCCAGAGAAAAAUGAGCUUUAAAAUAGAAUAAAAACGUUUCGGGUCAUUACUCACUUUUAACACUGCCACUUUAAACAGAAAAUGUUUUAAUUAUAACUGAAAAUGAUUUCUUUCUUUACACUCCGUCGUGCAUAUGGCGAAUAAAAUGAAGUUAACACUCAUUCUGUUAAAUGUUGUGUUACAAAUACCAGGAGUUAACAUGUGUUCUGUUAUAUGUGACUUGCAGCAUACUAGUUAUCUUUCUUAUACAUGAUAUCUGUCCAGUAUAGACGAGUUUUGCAAUAGCCACGCUGAUAUAGGUCGACAAAAGCUUGUAAAAACAAUAGCCAACGUUGAGUUCUUGUUCAGAAAAGCCUUCAUAUAGAAACUACCAAUAGUGGUUCUUUUGUAAUGUAUGUAUUUAUGUAUUACUGACUAUUGUAAAAGAAAUAAAUUCAUAAAUUGUU